AUGGUUCGGGUGAAGUGCCUGUGUGACUUUCAUUUUACAGAUGAUGCAGCAAUCACCGCUCACUCAGCUGAUGACCUCCAACUACUUCUGGAUGGCUUCAGUGGGGCUUGUUGUGACUUCGGUCUCACCACUAGUCUGACAAAAACACAGGUCAUGGGGAAGGAUGUGGACUCUUCACCCAGCAUCAGAAUCUCCAACCAUGAAGUGGAGGUCAUCUAUGAAUUUGUGCACCUGGGCUCAACCACCUCAGACUCCCACUCACAAACAUAUCGUUACCUGAGGGCGCCUGACUGCCCCCACCCCCCCCACCCCCCUCCUUCUGGUGGGAUUCUCUUCCCUCAGCAGUUACACAUUAACCAGGGUGCAGCGCCAGCCUGCAGUUCACCUUUGUACAACUGGCUUCCAUUUCGUGCCGAGGACUUGUCAGAAGAGGACUUGAGGGCGGCUUGUCGUGGCCUUUUUCGUUUGGACUUGGAAAUCCAGGAGUCGACAGAUCCUUUUUAUGCAUGGGACAGUCAACUGCAUACAAAGAAAUUCACCCCCAGUGCCAACUGUGAAGUUUCUGUGUGCUCUCUGGACAUUUUCUUGAAUCAACCAAGAAUGGGACGUGCCAGGGUGUUUCUCAGUGUGGCCAUCUUUGGAUUUGCACAGUUCAUCUUUGUGGCAUCGAAUGAAUGCCAUGUCAAUGAGGAGAUAUGGAACUGCAGCAUGAAAAAUUUGAAACAAAUACCUGAUCUUCCUGAAAAUGUGACUAUCUUGGAUUUGUCGCUGAACAAGAUCAAUUUUUUGGGCCCAGAAGAACAAAACUCCUUGCGGCACCUUCAAAACCUGCAUCUCCUCAACCUCUCCAAUAAUCCCAUCCCUCAUUUAAAAAGCGGGAUACUGUCAGGCCUCAGGAAUCUACAGCUCCUUGACCUAAGCAGCUGUGGCUUGGAGACGAUUGAGCCUGAUGCAUUCCAAGGCCUGACCAACCUGAUGAUGCUGAUCGUGAGCAAUAACAAACUGAAAGGCGCCCUGCCAGAGGCUCUGCUUCAGCUGGACAGUUUAGUUGUCUUGGAUCUGCGUAACAACGAUUUAACCAGGGCAGAUCUCAACUUUCGGGAAUGGCUGGAGAAAGUAAAGGUCCUUCGGCUUCAAGGCAAUAAGUGGAACUGUUCACACGAGGAAAAUGAGCAAAUUCUGAUGAGGACAGCAGCCUCCACAAUAAAAUGCCUCUUGCAAGAUAAACAGAAAGACUGGGCAAUCAGACACGAAGAGUGGAGAGAUGAGCAUGCGUUCUCAUUAUUUUUGAAGAAGAGAGAUACCAUUUCCCUUCAAAAUAACACAAAGGUGGCUGAACAAGAUGACAAGGCCAGCAGAGGAUACAGCUGGCAGUACAUUGUGAUAGUGUUGGGCGUCGCUAUCGGCUUGUCUGUCUUUAUAGCCGUGGCAGUGAAAUGCAAGCUCUUUCACCGCUAUCUCUCCAGCUACCGACAUAGCCUGCUCAAUGAGCCUGAUGCCUACAGUAAUUAUGAGCCCGAUAACAUGGCGGUGAGAAUCCCGGAUCAAUACCGUACAGGAAGCCAGACGCAUGCGUCCACCCACAGUGCCACUGAGCUUGAAGAUGAUGAUGAUGGAUUCAUUGAAGACAACUAUAUCCAGGCCAGUGAAAGACAGCGGGCAGAGCAGGAGGCAGGACUUGAUGAGGAGGAUGAUCUGCAUUUUACUAUUUCUUAAAACAAAAAAAAAAUAUAAACAGAAAGGGUUGUAGUUAGUAGGUAGUUUCUGGUUUAGAAAUGUUUUUGUCUGUACUCCAUAAUACUCCACUAUGUGCCAGUCAGAAUGAUCAGGUACUGUACGUGAUCAGAAAGGAAAGCAAAAUGCAAAUUUUAUAAACAGGGCUUAAAUUAGAGGAGAGGCCUGUCCCAUUUGCUUCUGCUACACAAAACUCAGGCUAAGGCUAGUAAGCCUUUGAAAACAGCGGUGAUACAAGAACAAAACAGCAAAGCUUUCUACCAAGAGCAUAAGGAUCCUGACAAGUGAGAGACCAUUUGGUCCGUCCACCUCUACAACUGUAUACAUAUUACAGAAAGCACUUUAUAGAAACAGUCUACUACUCCCCCUUACAAGGUCCCGAAAUAUCUGGUGGGUGCUGCAUCUGCUGUCCCCAAAGCACUGCACAUUUACCUCACUCACCAAGUUCUGACUGCCUCACUUCCUUCCAUCUUUCCUCCUAGUUUUAGACCGAGUACUGGCACAUGCCAUAGUAUAAGUUUAGGGCAAAAUAUUAUAAUUUAUCACAUAUUGAUUCAUCUUUGUUUUAUUAUUUAUUUGCUAAGUAAAAGACCCAGUGUGCUCUCUGAACAAUUCAAUAAAAACUGAAGAUGAACUGAAAUAACACUUAAAAAUCCCCCAAUUCCGUUUUGGCCAAGCCCAUCGUCAAAUCUGCAAAGCACAUAGAAAUCGUGCUGUUUCUUCUUCUACCAUCAGAACCCCCAGGACACACCAGGCUGUCAUAACUACAAUCAGUCGUAAUUACAGAGCUUCUUGAAUAAAACACUCCCUGGCCUCAGUGUUCUGUUCUUGAGGUGUUGCUCCACUGCUUUCCCCAGGAGUCACCACCAAAUAUGGGACCUUAUGAUUAAGUUUUACAAGCCACUGUUUGGCACACUGAUGAAAGGAUAACAAUACAGAGUGCAAAUAUUGUUUGUUUGGCUUGAAAUAGAUACAAAUACUCUCAUGCCUACAUGAUGAAAUCCACAUCUUUGCUGUCUCGAUCUUUAUUCUGUACUCGCUUCGCACGCCCAGCCCUUCCCCCAAAACCCGGGCCGUGUUAUGCACCAGCCAUUUCACGUCUCUGCUGCUCGCGUUGUGGGGCUGAACGCACGCUAAGGAGAUGCGGUCAGAUCAGCUGGUGGCUUGUUGCUGCUGCCGAGUUGCGUGUUCUGCUUGUCACGCUGUGCGUCGAUCAUUGAAAAGCCAGCAGAUGUUCUAUUGUCUCACGGGAUGUCAAAGUGUCUUUCCGAGAAGAUCACGUCUCGACCCAAGAUUUUUUUUAUUAUAAUAGACAGACAUGCAUACACUACUAGUUGAAUGUUUGUGCACAGCCAGAAAUUUGAAUGUUUAUAAUAGAAAUUCUGUUUUAAUCAGGAUACCAUUAAAUUGAGUUGAAUAAUACAGUCAAGACAUUACUAGUGUUGCAUAAUGGCUGUUACUGCUUUGAAAUUACUAAUUUUUAAUUUAUUAUUCACAUUUAGAUAGAUAGAUAGAUAGAUAGAUAGAUAGAUAGAUAGAUAGAUAGAUAGAUAGAUAGAUAGACAG